GCUGUGGGCCAGGCUCUGGGGACCCUCAUCCACCACCCUCGGGGGCCGGGGGAGGCAGUGCCCCCCCCUCCCCCAGUGCUGUAAAGACCCACAGCCACCGCACACACUCUCCUCAGCUGGAAGCACCCAGCCCAGAACCCGAUGGCUGUCGGCCUCCACAAGGGCCACAAGGUGACCAAGAACGUGAACCAGCCGAGGCACUGCCGCCACCAUGGGCGCCUCACCGAACACACCGAGUUCGUGCGGGACGUGACCCAUGAGGUGUGCGGCUCCACCCCAUAUGAGCGCUGCGCCAUGGAGCUGCUCAAGGUCUCUAAGGACAAGCGCGCGCUCAAGCUCAUCAAGAAGUGGGUGGGGGAGCCGGGCUUCCUGUCUCCCUAA